GUCAGACGCAGUCAUGGGCAAUGGAUAGAAUGGAUGGAUGGAUCGAUGUCAAGCAAACAUCCACAGGGUUUGGAGGGUCUAGGGUUCAGAAGCCAAGCUCGCAGACCUCUCUCCGGCCCGAGAUUUUCGUUUUGAUUCAUCAUGGUAGACGCGGAUCACGAGAAUGUUGACUUGAGUGCCGAGUUCAACAGUAUCGGCGACCUCAGCCCCGUGCAGGGGAGGGAAUCAAGGGAGAGGUCAGCAUCGCCUCCUUUCGCCGAUGCGACUGCGGCAGAUGGCCGUCGACGCCCUUCCCGCAGCAUCAUGCUCAACACGCUGACGACGGUGCCGCACAACCACGUCAGGGUGGAGCCGACCAAGUCAUCUUCUACAACAGGUCAGUCAGUCAGUCAAGGCAGACAAGCCAUGCAUGGUUGCUGCUGCCAGUCCGCUCAUCCACUUAUCCGCAUGUGUGUGUCUGAGUCACAGGCCUCGAGCCGCCAGACAGGGAGGACUCCGAGCCCGGCAUGGACGACGCCUUUCGCGGCUCCCCGUCCGACCCGCUCCCCCCGAUGCCGCUCCCUCCUUCGCUCCCCAUCCCGUCGGCUCGCGAGCGGUCAGCCCCAGCACCCGCCAGCAGGGGCAAAAAGCGGGCGGUGCCGCACUCGAGGUGGGUGCGGCAGCGGACGUGGGGUGCUGAUGCGAGCGGCGGGUCGGCUGGUGGGCAGAAGGGCAGGAAGGGGGCCGAACAGGCGACCCGACGGUCGCCGAGGCAUCGGAUUGACAUCAUACCUGAGAGCACGGUAUGGGGCGAGGGAUGGAUGGAGUCUGUCAUUUGUGUGUGGGUGGGUGGGUGGGUGGGUGGGUUUGGGCAGUUGGGUUUGUUCCGGCGCGUGACUGCUCAUUGUCGAGUUGAGAAGUAUGACCUGCAGGCGAUCAUGGAGACGCCCUUGGGGUGGGCGAGGCAAAGCCGUUGCAGCGCACGCAACUGUGUGUCCAUUGCCUGUCUCUCUCUGUGUGUGACAGUUUGUCUGCCGAGUAUGUGGACAUGGAGGAGUCGAUCUUGAUGAUGACCACCUCCCGGCACACCAUGAUGAGAAGACCUACCAGCGCCAGACAGGGCAGGGUACGCAAGGGCACAACCAACCACCCUGUAUGUCUGCUCCACACUCCAUUCUGUCUGCCUGUGUCUGUUGGUCUGUUGGUCCGUCAGCUGAUGAGUGCCGACAUGUCGGCGACGAUCCACUUCCCCAAUGGCAAUGGACAGACACCCUUUGACGAAGACGAAGAGGACGUACGUAUGCAUCAUGCACACAGACACACACACACGCGCGCGGACGCCAUGGCAUGCCUUUUUUCUCCCUGUGUGUGUGUCGGUUCAUUCAGCGUGCCUAUGCGUUUGUGUUUGACAACGGUCCGGUGGUGCUGUGGGGCUUCGACGAUCUGGCGGGCGAACACCAGUUCCUUUACUGCCUCUCACAAUUCGCACGUACGUAAGAGUGGUGGACACGCACGCACGCCACACAGACGGGGGCACGGUCGGUCCGUGCAUUGCUGCCUGCCUCCUGUGCGUCCAGAUGGCGAGAUACUGGUGCAUUUGCAGUGUGUGGAGGAGCUGGAGUAUGCCUUUGUCGACACGCUCGGACGGUCCACACAGGUCUAUAUGGCAGUGUCCCUCCCCACUUCAUUGAUGUGAACACUCAUUCAUCUGGGUGCAGGUGCCUCGUUCUCGCAUCCGUCAUGACCGCAUCUUCCUCAAGGUGGGCAGUAGCUUAGCUUGGGCGGAGAUGCAGCACACACUCUCAGCCAAUGACACAGAGGACCACGCCCAUGGAGGUCUCACUCGCUGCUGUUGUCCCUCCCUCCCUAAUCUCCUCUUCUCCUCAGACUCACGAGAAGGACGAGAGGGUGGCGGUGUCCGUCGCCAUGGCCCAGUCCGUCAGACUGUCCAUAUUCGGUAAGCAAACGGAAACGCAUAAAUGGAAUGAUCAGCAGAUAGCAGAGGGGGUGAGAGCUAUUUGCAUGGCUUGGCUUGGCUUGUCGUGUGCUGUGCAUGUGCGUGUGGUGGCCUGUCGAUCACACAACAGAGGAGGCGCUCGAAGCUGGCCUACAACGGUGAGUGCGCACAGACGACAGACAGACAGACAGACUCACGCAGACACAUCGGCAACCGGUCAUCAUAUAUGCAUAUUUGUGUUGUUUGUGUGUUGUGUGUGAGACAGUGUCAGGGAGAUUCCCGAGGCGAUGGUGGAGCGGGGCACGACCAAGCUGCCCGACCGGGCGGUGUCGGAGCGCAUGUGUGAGGUCUUCCUGCGUAUGCUCGACGUCAACGUGGUCAGCGGUGAGGAAAGGGAAGCUGGAUCAGAUCAGCAUUUCAUGGAGCGCAUCCCAUGUGCACACACAUGUCAUGUUGGGCUAUGGGUGCAGGUCUGCGAGGUGUGCCCGACUAUUUUUGGGAGAACGACACGUGGCAGGGCUUCUACACACGGGUGUGGUGGGGUGGGGUGGGCAGAUGAGAUGGUGCACACACCACACACGCAUAAGAUACACAACACAUGUGAGCACUCUACUCUGUUGUGUGUCCGUCCAUUCAUUCAUUCAGGUGUACAAGUAUUUCGAGAUAGAGGAGCGGAUCGGCAUCCUCAACAGCCGGUACGACUACAUCGGAGAGCUCUUCACCGUCGUCAGAGAAGAAAGGCAACACGGUCGGUCGGUCAGCCCAUCCCCCCGGACCACCAACACAGGACAAGACAAGAACUCACCCUUACUUAACGCGUGGGUGAUCUCUGUGUGUGUUGCGUCUGAUAUGAUUGGUCAGGUCAGAUGUCUCGGCUGGAGUUGAUCAUCAUCCUGCUGCUGGCGCUGCAGGUCUUCGCCACCAUCUUCAAGGACAUACUCGAGAGGAACAUCGAGGGCUAAAUCAGUGCGUGGUCGGACGGUGGAUGGUUGAGUGGUUGGGUGCAUGGACAGGCGGCUGUCAGUAUAUUGCGUGUGACGAUUUUGUAGUAGUAAGGCAGACAGACAGACGGACAUGGUCUGAUUGGUAUGUACGAUAAUGAAAGUUUCUC